AGUGGGUUUUCCUGAAUGAGAGGAUAGGGGGCGGAGUUGAUGAACACCAUCUUACCUAAACUACUUCCCUAAUGUUAAGAGAGAGAGAGAGAGAGAGAGAGAGGGAGCAGAGUUGAGGGUCUUCAUUUUAUCCAGACAGUGUCUAACGCGUGGUUAGUGUGCGGAGCACAACAGUCCGUUGUCUAGGGCAUGACGGCGACUAGCCAUGCAUAAACAGACAGGGCAGACAGACAACAGGAAAUAAUGGGCUCCAGCUAUACCUCAUAAACAACCGGCUUGUUGUUCUGUUCAUGUUUUAUCCAGCCAGUCGCUGUCUGAGUUGACCGAGUAUCGACCGUUCGCAUCUCGUCUCAGUCUUCUUUCCAUAUUUGCUCUUCAUCUCUCCUCUCUUUUUCUUCUUCACCAUGGGAUGUUCUUCGUCCAGCACACAGACUGUCGAUGAGGAGAAGAGACCGGGGACAAAACCCGAGGAGUCCAACGGAGACAUAUUUGUUGUCAGGAAUGGUCACAUCUCGGAGGACACGGAGACCAUCGCUGACCAGAUGCAGCUUCCUGUCCAGAGUGCCCUGACUGAUGACUCUGAGGAACCUGUCAUCAUGGCCUCAGAGGCCCUGGAGACCAUGGGGUCUGGAUGGGAGGAGGACCAGGUCCUGGAGAUGCUGGCUGCAGCCGAGCCAGAGGUUGCCCCAGAAGCCGCUGCUGAGGCUGCAGCCGUAGAUGCAAAGGUCCCUUCAGAGGCUGUGGUCUUAGUAGAGGCUGUGGUCCCAGUGGAGGUGGCGGCCCCUGUUGAGGCUGUCGUGGUUGAGGCCGCUCCUGUGGCAGAGGCUCCUGCUGAGACAGUGGUGUCUGAGGAGGCCACUGUUGUUGAAACUGGAGCUGCAGUGGAGGUGGCUACCCUGGUCGAGGCAGCUGCACCCGUGGACGCUGCUGCCCCAGUCGAGGUGGCUGAAACUGUCCCAGAGGCAGCUCCAGCCCCGACAGAGGAGACCCCAGCUCCAGCCCCGACAGAGGAGACCCCAGCUCCAGCCCCGACAGAGGAGACCCCAGCUUCAGCCCCGACAGAGGAGACCCCAGCUCCAGCCCCGACAGAGGAGACCCCAGCUCCAGCCCCGACAGAGGAGACCCCAGCUCCAGCCCCGACAGAGGAGACCAAAGAUGCCCCAGCCCCUGUGGCCGCUGUCCCUGAGCCAGUAACCCCUGCUGCUGAGCCUGUGGCUGCUGUCCCAGAGGGGGCCCCCGCUGUGGAGGCCCCUGCACCCAGUGUCCCCAUAACUGACCAUGUUGUUGCUGCUGAGCCUGCAGCAGAGCCAAUAACCACCCCUGUGGCUGUGGAGGCCCCUGUAGCAGCCGUUACCAAUGAGCCUGUGGAGGCCCCAGGACCAGUGGAGGCCCCAGGACCAGUGGAGGCCCCAGGACCAGUGGAGGCCCCAGGUGAGGUGGCAGCUCCAGCCCCAGAGCCUGCAGUAGAGACUCCUACCCCUGCUCCCGAAGCCGCCCCUGAGCUUACACCAGCCGCCCCUACCCCUGCCCCAGAGCUAACACCAGCCACCCCUGCUCCUGAGGCCCCGCCUACUCCUGCCCCAGAGCUAACACCAGCCACCCCUGCUCCUGAGGCCCCGCCUACUCCUGCCCCAGAGCUAACACCAGCCACCCCUGCUCCUGUGGCCCCGCCUACUCCUGCCCCAGAGCUAACACCAGCCACCCCUACUCCUGAGGCCCCGCCUACUCCUGCCCCAGAGCUAACACCAGCCACCCCUGCUCCUGUGGCCCCGCCUACUUCUGCCCCAGAGCUAACACCAGCCACCCCUGCUCCUGUGGCCCCGCCUACUCCUGCCCCAGAGCUAACACCAGCCACCCCUGUUCCUGAGGCCCCGCCUACUCCUGCCCCAGGGCUAACACCAGCCACCCCUGCUCCCUCAGACGCACCUACCCCUGCCCCAGAGCUAACACCAGCCACCCCUGCUCCUGAGGCCCCGCCUACUCCUGCCCCAGAGCUAACACCAGCCACCCCUGCUCCUGAGGCCCCGCCUACUCCUGCCCCAGAGCUAACACCAGCCACCCCUGCUCCUGAGGCCCCGCCUACUCCUGCCCCAGAGCUAACACCAGCCACCCCUGCUCCUGAGGCCCCGCCUACUCCUGCCCCAGAGCUAACACCAGCCACCCCUGCUCCUGAGGCCCCGCCUACUCCUGCUAUCUCAAUCCCAGAGAUUGAUGGUACUCCUCCUUUAACGCUUCAUCCUCACGGACACAAUCACUCUACAUAUUUAAACCGUCAUCAAACGUCAACCCUGUCUUACUAUGAUGUUCCGGUGGUUGUGUCGGAGGUGGCACAGGCAGCAGCGGCCUUGGUGUUGGCUGGAGUGGCACAGGAAGCAGAGAAAGACAAGAAACAGAACUAAGAAGAGAGGUCAAACUGAGGAGGCCGCUGUGGCCUGGGAAACACAACCUUCUUGGAUAAAACCUCAGUUUUUACAUUCAGAGACGAUUUGUAGAUAAGAUGCACAACCCAAAGACCAGGAAGUUAAAAACACACACACUCAUCUGCCACAACGAUGACAGACCAGGAAGUUAAAACACACACACUCAUCUGUCACAACAAUGACAGACCAGCUCAAUACAUAUUCCUGUCAGGGUGUGUCCCAAAUGGCACCUAAUUCCCUGAUGAGGGGAUAGGGUGGAAUUUCAGAUGUAGUUUGAGACUUGUCACCAAAGUGCCUUCCCAUCCUGGAAAUAUGGAUGGGUCACUUUUCUUCUUCUAUUGGCAAUAACAUUGUUAAAGAGAAUUACCAUGUAAUCUGGAGACACCUGGGCUUCCAACCAUGUAACCUGGAGACACCUGGGCUUCCAACCAUGUAACCUGGAGACACCUGGGCUUCCAACCAUGAAACCUGGAGACACCUGGGCUUCCAUCCAUGUAACCUGGAGACACCUGGGCUUCCAACCAUGAAACCUGGAGACACCUGGGCUUCCAUCCAUGUAACCUGGAGACACCUGGGCUUCCAUCCAUGAAACCUGGAGACACCUGGGCUUCCAUCCAUGUAACCUGGAGACACCUGGGCUUCCAACCAUGUAGCCUGGAGACACCUGGGCUUCCAACCAUGUAGCCUGGAGACACCUGGGCUUCCAACCAUGUAACCUGGAGACACAUGGGCUUCCAACCAUGUAACCUGGAGACACCUGGGCUUCCAACCAUGUAGCCUGGAGACACCUGGGCUUCCAACCAUGUAACCUGGAGACACCUGGGCUUCCAACCAUGUAACCUGGAGAAACCUGGGCUUCCAACCAUGUAACCUGGAGACACAUGGGCUUCCAACCAUGUAGCCUGGAGACACCUGGGCUUCCUACCAUGUAGCCUGGAGACACCUGGGCUUCCAACCAUGUAACCUGGAGACACCUGGGCUUCCAACCAUGUAGCCUGGAGACACCUGGGCUUCCAACCAUGUAGCCUGGAGACACCUGGGCUUCCUACCAUGUAGCCUGGAGACACCUGGGCUUCCUACCAUGUAGCCUGGAGACACCUGGGCUUCCUACCAUGUAGCCUGGAGACACCUGGGCUUCCUACCAUGUAGCCUGGAGACACCUGGGCUUCCUACCAUGUAGCCUGGAGACACCUGGGCUUCCACCUGAACUCUCUGACUCCCAAUUACCUGGAGCCACCUGGGCUUCCACCUGAACUCUGACUCUCUCUAACAGACAGCUGUGGUGAAGCCAAACGAUGCACUACUUUAGCAACAAACUGUGAAGUUGAGGUGUGAAGUUGAGGUUCAGAGACAGACUACACGGUCACUUUAAGGUUGUCAAUAUGGAGUCAACGUUGUGUUGAACAGCUUCUCGGUGGGAAAAUGUUUCAUCAUUAAUACUACUUGACUUUUACUAGCUGCUCUGAAAGAGGAAGACAAGCCAAACAAUCUAACAACCUGUUCUUCUGGACUAGACUGAACCCUGCUGAUGUGGAACUCAACCUGUUCUUCUGGACUAGACUGAACCCUGCUGAUGUGGAACUCAACCUGUUCUUCUGGACUAGACUGGACCCUGCUGAUGUGGAACUCAAUCUAACAACUAGACUGGACCCUGCUGAUGUGGAACUCAAUCUAACAACCUGUUCUUCUGGACUAGACUGGACCCUGCUGAUGUGGAACUCAAUCUAACAACUAGACUGGACCCUGCUGAUGUGGAACUCAAUCUAACAACCUGUUCUUCUGGACUAGACUGAACCCUGCUGAUGUGGAACUCAACCUAACAACCUGUUAUUCUGGACUAGACUGGACCCUGCUGAUGGGGGAAGUCAUUAAUGAAUUAAUGAUUACUUCAAUAUGGUUAUUUAACAGGUAGAUAAGGAACACUAAGAGCUUAACAGUAGACCUGGAGUGUACAGUGUAAUGUUGAGAAGAGAAUUUACACUGAGUGAACAAAACAUUAAGAACACCUUCCUCAUAUUGAGUUGUACCCCCCCAUGCCCUCAGAACAGACUCAAUACGUCAGAACAUGGACUCUACAAGGUGUAGAAAGCGUUCCACAGGGAUGCUGGUCCAUGUCGACUCCAAUACUUCCCACAGUUGUGUCAAGUUGUCUGGAUGUCCUUUGGGUGGUGGACCAUUCUUGAUACACACAGGAAACUGUUGAGUGUGAAAAACCCAGCAGCAUUGCAGUUCUUGACACAAACCGGUGCGCCUGUCACCUACUACCAUACCCCGUUGAAACCGGUGUGCCUGUCACCUACUACCAUACCCACGUUCAAACCGGGGCUCCUGGCACCUACUACCGUACCCCGUUCAAACCGGGGCGCCUGUCACCUACUACCAUACCCCGUUCAAACCGGGGCGCCUGUCACCUACUACCAUACCCCGUUCAAACCGGGGCGCCUGGCACCUACUACCCUACCCCGUUCAAACCGGGGCGCCUGGCUUCUACUACCAUACCCCGUUCAAACCAGGGCGCCUGGCACCUACUACCAUACCCCGUUCAAAGGCUCUUACAGCCACACACAAUCCAUGUCUCAACUGUCGAAAAGCUUAUAAAUCCUUCUUUAACCGUUCUCCUCCCCCGGUCUCCUCCCCCGGUCUCCUCCCCCUUCAUCUACACUGAUUUUGAAGUGGAUUUAACAAGUGACAUCAAUAAUGGAUCAUAGCGUUCACCUGGAUUCACCUGGAUUCACCUGGAUUCACCUGGAUUUACCUGGAUUCACCUGGAUUCACCUGGAUUCACCUGGAUUCACCUGGUCAGUCUGUCGUGGAAAGAGAACAGGUGUUCUUAAUGUUUUGUCAACCCGGUGUCUGUUUAGUUCUCCUCUUUCUCACCUUGUUUGUUUCAAAAUGUCACUAUAUAUAUAGAUUCAUGAUGAGUCUGUUUGAGGAGUCCUGAUCUCGAUGCAGCAGGACGUGAUGUCACUAUAUAUAGAUUCAUGAUGAGUCUGUCUGUUUGAGGAGGAGUCCUGAUCUCGAUGCAGCAGGACGUGAUGUCACUAUAUAUAGAUUCAUGAGUCUGUUUGAGGAGUCCUGAUCUCGAUGCAGCAGGACGUGAUGUCACUAUAUAUAGAUUCAUGAUGAGUCUGUCUGUUUGAGGAGGAGUCCUGAUCUCAAUGCAGCAGGACGUGAUGUCACUAUAUAUAGAUUCAUGAGUCUGUUUGAGGAGUCCUGAUCUCGAUGCAGCAGGACGUGAUGUCACUAUAUAUAGAUUCAUGAUGAGUCUGUCUGUUUGAGGAGGAGUCCUGAUCUCGAUGCAGUAGGACAUGAGGUACCAAAUCGAGUGUAAAUGAACCAUUCAGUGUGAAAAACACAAUGGUUAAAAAAAUUAAAUAAAGUUAUUUAAACUUUGAUUUCUACCUUUGUGUUAUUUAUAAUAACAUGGAGUUACAAGGAGCCGUCACUUGUAGGUUUCUACUUUUUACCUGUCCUCUCUUCACCUGGGAAUAAUCUGUUACCUUCACAGUCCUGAGCCAACACACACUACAGCUCCUCUCCCUUCAUACACAGACACAGUCCUGAGCCAACACACACUACAGCUCCUCUCCCUUCAUACACAGUCCUGAGCCAACACACACUACAGCUCCUCUCCCUUCAUACACAGACACAGUCCUGAGCCAACACACACUACAGCUCCUCUCCCUUCAUACACAGUCCUGAGCCAACAGACACUACAGCCCCUCUACCUUCAUACACAGGCACAGUCCUGAGCCAACACACACUACAGCUCCUCUCCCUUCAUACACAGGCACAGUCCUGAGCCAACACACACUACAGCUCCUCUCCCUUCAUACACAGACACAGUCCUGAGCCAACACACACUACAGCUCCUCUCCCUUCAUACACAGUCCUGAGCCAACAGACACUACAGCCCCUCUACCUUCAUACAGUCCUGAGCCAACACACACUACAGCUCCUCUCCCUUCAUACACAGACACAGUCCUGAGCCAACACACACUACAGCUCCUCUCCCUUCAUACACAGACACACUCCUGAGCCAACACACACACUCCUGAGCCAACACACACUACAGCUCCUCUCCCUUCAUACAGACACAGUCCUGAGCCAACACACACUACAACUCCUCUCCCUUCAUACACAGACACAGUCCUGAGCCAACACACACUACAGCUCCUCUCCCUUCAUACACAGACACAGUCCUGAGCCAACACACUACAGCUCCUCUCCCUUCAUACACAGACACAGUCCUGAGCCAACACACACUACAGCUCCUCUCCCUUCAUACACAGACACAGUCCUGAGCCAACACACUACAGCUCCUCUCCCUUCAUACACAGACACAGUCCUGAGCCAACACACUACAGCUCCUCUCCCUUCAUACACAGACACAGUCCUGAGCCAACACACUACAGCUCCUCUCCCUUCAUACACAGUCCUGAGCCAACACACACUACAGCUCCUCUCCCUUCAUACACAGUCCUGAGCCAACACACUACAGCUCCUCUCCCUUCAUAUACAGUCCUGAGCCAACACACUACAGCUCCUCUCCCUUCAUACACAGACACAGUCUGAGCCAACACACACUACAACUCCUCUCCCUUCAUACACAGUCCUGAGCCAACACACUACAGCUCCUCUACCUUCUACAACCACCUCCGGCUGGAAUGCAAAAGAUUGAAGAUUAUACAAAGGUCCUGGUAUUAGAUAAGACAGCCACAGGAGUCUGGUUCAUCCUGAACAACAACUCUGGAGUCUCUUAAUACCUAGCUGGCAUUUCCCAAAAGGUUCAGUCUGUCAACCUCCCCCUGAACUUAUCAAUGGCUCUGCAUGCCAUUGUAGAGAGACUGAUGUUUUUAGUAGGUGUGUGACUGUGUGUGUUGGGCAAUAGGAUUAAAGAGGUUUGAUGUUAUUUUCUAUGCCAGACCUUGUGGUCGCUGUUCUUCUGUUAUAUAUUCAUUCUGAUAAGAGCUUUCUGUGUUCUGCACUAAACUGUCUGUACAGUCGAAAUAAAGCUUUGUCUACUAAUA